AUGACAGCCGUUGUCAAAUCCCUGGCUGGUCCAGGUUAUAUCAUUUUGAAUGUCAUACGGGUCUUCAACAUAAUCUGUCUCCUAUGUAUUAUCGCCGCAUGUUCAGUCUUAUUGGUUAAGACAUCCACUGCCACCAAUUUCUUCUUUUUCGAUGCAAUGAACCGGGUUAUAAUAAUUGUUAUAAGCUUCUUCCUUAUUACCUCCGAAGUAGCCUUUUUCGAGGACUGGUUUCUUGAAUACUGGGGUCUUUUCGGUAAACACUCGAGCUUUCUCGCUCUUGGAAUCGCUAUGAUCCUCCUUGGCAUAUCAACCAUAGGAUGUCUGAAUAGAGCGGACAUGAACAAGGACGCCAUCGGCUCUACCUUCUGGCAGCUAGUUCUAGGCGCUGGCAUUAUCUCCAUUGUGUUUGGGUUUGUUAAUAUCUUCGUGACCUUCAUAUACCGAACGAAAAGAACUGGUUUAGAAGCACGUCACAUCCGAACUAACGGGGCUGUUGCCCCGGACGCCAUCCCUCCAUUAAAGCACAGCCUCAGCCGCGCACACAAAUCCUUCAAACUCAACCGCAAGGACUCCUUGCCCCUCUACCGCGAGAGCGACGAUGCAUAUUCGCAAUCGAAAUACUCACACUCAACACGCUCCCCUGUCAGCACCUCUCCCUCCAUGCGCAACGUGCCUGCUAAAUAUCGGGUGAAUAUAUCCCAUCCCAUCGUCAACAAUCACGAACAGUUCGAAAAAUUUUCGAGGAAUUCGGAAGGCUCGCACCCAGAACAUCCGGCCAAUCACCCUGUGCAUGUUUCUACACAUCGGUCGGAUUGGGAAGGGGCUGAGAUAUAAAACAUUGGGGAAGUUGGUGGGGGCGGAACGGAUACAAAAGCAGAGGGAUAUUGAGGGAUGAUAUGGGUUGUUUAGAGGUUGGAGGUGAUACCCCUUGACUAACUUAUCGUCCAUUCUAUCGCGCUGUGUAGAUUCUUUUAAUUUUUCUUUGUGUAUUGGUCUUAGGCAUUUCCCUGG